UUAACACAAAAAUUGCAUCCUAGUUACCACCAAAACAUUAUUUAAAAUGUAGUUUUCCAAGAAACUACAAAUAAAUGCUCGAGAUUUUUUUUUCUCUUUACAAAAUUCCUGUGUCCAGAGAAAAAUUGAUUAACUUGAGAAACUUCUAUGAUUAAUGUUAAACUCUGGAAACUCUUCUGGAUCGUAUAGCUACGGACUGUAUUUAUAACCUACGCAACAGACAAUCGAACGCACGCAAAAUGGCACUCCUUCGCUUUUAUAAAUUUAAUUGAUACAUUUACAGUAAAUUAAUGCUUUGAAAUAUAGUAAAUCGAAGGAAAAAUACAUGACACGGAGUAAAUGGUACCGAAUGCACGGGAAAAAUGUUAAUACGUGUCACUGGCCUAAAAUGAGUUCAAAUGUGCAGGUGAUUAAAAUUGAUUACAGUUGUACUCCUGUAGUUGGCAAAGAGAAUGAUUAGGAUUAAUUGGAAUUGUAAAUGAAAGUGUUGACAGACGAAUACUAGUGUAGAAGAAUUUAUGGCAUCUCCUGUGUUUUUGUUGGAGAUGAUUGGAUUGGCUGAGUUAUAAAGAGCUGUCAUUUGCAGAGGUUAAGUCUGAGAUCACAGUUCGAGGGGUUGGAAAUGCCGAGGGUAAUGACGGAUCCAUCGAAAAAACGCAAGCGAUACCCUCGCCAGAAACUCCUGGAUGCGCUGGAAGCGGUGAAAUGUGGUCGUUCCCUGCGAGAGGUGAGCAUCGAGUAUGGAGUACCCAAGACCACGUUGAUGUCCAAGUUCAAGGGUACCCACCCCAUUGACGGUAAAUCCGGGCCACCUCCAGUGCUCGACGAAGCUGAGGAGAUGGAGCUUGUCAGGUGGGUCAAUGACAUCUCCGAGGUGGGUUUUGCCCUGAAGAAGAACCAGAUGUGCGCCAGUGUCCAGACGAGCCUCAAGGAGCUUAAACGAAAAAAUAUCUUCUCUAACGAUAAGCCAGGUCACAACUGGUACAAGAACUUUGAGGAACGUCAUGCGGAAAUUGUCGAUAGAUUCAAGAAGAACCUGUCCUAUGCCAAAACUGCACCAUCUGAGGCAUCUGUUCGGCAAUGGUUUGCACACAUGAGAAAAUACCUGGAGACCAAUGCUCUAUUUAAUAUCGAUCCAUCGAGAAUCUUCACCACCGAGGAGGCAGCGUUCAUCUUCAAUCCCACUGGCAAAAAGAUUAUCGUGAGGAAAGGUGACAGGGCAGACUUUAGUUUCACCCACAAUCAUGUCGAUGAGUGUGCAACCAGUCUCUUCACAGCCAAUGCCACGGGGAGCCUUGCACCUCCCAUGAUAGUUUUCAAGCAGGAUAGAAUCCGUCCUGGUAUGCUGUCCAAGCUUCCAGAGAAUUGGACAAUUGGCAAGACCACCGACGGCUGGAUGACCAAAGAAGGUUUUCAUGAAUAUCUCACCAAGGUAUUUGACAAGUGGCUAAAGACAAAUGAAAUCGAGAAACCAGUGGUAAUUUUUCUAGACUCCAACACGGUAUUUAUGACCCACUCCCUCAGCAAAUUCUGCAUGACCAAUAAGAUUCAUCUACUGCCACUUCAUCCUAACAUGGGGCACAUACUGCAACCCCUGGAUUUCCAGUUUUUCGGUGAUUUGAAGGAGGCAUGGCUGAUCGCCACUGAACACUGGAGAAUGAACAACAACAGGAAGAGGAUAAAGAAGGAGAACUUUGUGCCGCUCCUGGUUAAUUCUCUGAGGAUGGUCGACGUUGGUAAAGUCAUUCCAGAAGGCUUCAAAUCGUGUGGUAUCCAGCCUUUCUCUCCAGAUGCUGUGAAUUAUGGGAGGAAGGGUAGAUUCAAAAUGCAGGUGAUCGUCAAAUCGAAAGAGAGCGAGGAUCUCGAUGAUCUGGGGAGAAUCAUUGAUCCUCAGUACAGUGCUGACGAGGUGAGGAAGCAUCUUGAGUUCCUCGAAGAUUUUGUUGACGAUCAGAAGCUCAGGAAGUUCAAAGAGGAUGAGAAUGCUGAAGCGUGGAGGGGAGACAUCAAGGAUACAACAUUGUUCUUGCUGUGGAAGAAGCUCAGGAGGAUGAGUAGUUGUGUGGUGAGUGACUGUGAGAUUUACAUGUCGACGAUGGAGCCUGGUGCUAGUCGGGGCCAUUUCAUGAGUAUUGAUGAUGGCAACUACCAGGGAUCCAGUCUUGUUAUUCAGGAUGUGCAGGGGAAUUAUGACAUGGGCAGCAUGAGGGCCUGGAUGGGAAAUAAUCUUGAGAAACUUGAAUGAGACCAUCAAAUUGUAAUAUAUUUUUCAUUCCACUGACUGCAUCAUUUUUCAUCAUUCACUUGUUCGAUAGAGUGCAAUAUCGAAUAAAAUAUUAGCAAUAUUGUACAAUUUUUGUAUGAAAUAAAGCGCAAAAAUGUGAUAAUUA